AUGGAUAUUCAAGACCUUAGAGGUACACCAACUCCAUUUGAACGAUCACUUCUUGAUAGAAACGAAUAUUUUAUAUCACAACCUCAAAAUGGCAGAAUUACCUAUUAUUGGAAAUACACUAGAACCAUCAAAUAUAGUAUAAUUAAAGAUUUUUUAAGUUAUUUUGGUAAACCAAGAUACAUCGAACAACCUUAUAUAGAAACAAAUAUAC